CGCGCAGACCCACAUAAACACGGACCUAAAUAGAUCCAGUGUCUCUGACGCGUUGUCGGGAAUUCAUUCAAGUGCGUUUUAUUAUCAUAAACAUCAUAAACAUGGGAAGCCCCCGAGUCUUCUUUGACAUCACUAUUGAUGGAGCUAACGCUGGCAGGAUUAUAAUGGAGCUCCGAGCUGAUGUGGUCCCAAAGACUGCAGAAAAUUUCCGUGCUCUGUGCACCGGAGAAAAGGGUUUUGGCUACAAGGGCUCCACAUUUCACCGUCUCAUCCCUAAAUUCAUGUGCCAGGGCGGGGACUUUACCAACCACAAUGGAACUGGAGGCAAAUCCAUCUAUGGGGAGAAGUUUGCUGAUGAGAACUUCCAGUUGAAGCACUCAGGCAUGGGCACACUGUCCAUGGCUAACGCUGGGCCCAACACCAACGGAUCCCAGUUCUUCAUCUGCACAGCUUCAACUGACUGGCUGGACGGGAAGCACGUGGUGUUUGGCAAAGUUGUGGAGGGCACUGAUGUUGUCAAGGCAAUGGAGAAGCAAGGCACAAAGAGCGGCACUCCUAAAGCCAAGGUUGUCAUUGCCGACUGUGGUGAACUAAAAUAGUGCGACAAAGCUCCUUCAGUUCAGCCCGUUGUCCGGUCAGAUGUAACCUUUAUCAUCCCAGUGAAUCUUUGAGAUGCUGCAGCAUCGGUAGAAAAACCCACUUUCUCCUCUAAAAAUGUUAAUGUUUGUCUGCUGUGUUUGUUGUGGAAUAUUUUGUACCUUCUAAUCUGUUCUUUAAGGACCACAUUUGUUAGCAAAAUCUGAAUAAAAUGAUGGUGAUGGUGUAAAUAAAGCACCUUGUAAGCUUU